AUGGGUAAAGAAAUAGUUCUUAAAGAAUCCAAGUACAUACCUCAUAAGCAAGCAAUUUUGUGGGAUCCUCUCAACAGUUAUCAAGUACUGAAAAGAAACACAGGGACAGAGAAUAUUGAAGGCAUGGCACUGCAUAUGUGUGAAUUGCCAAUGCCACUGGCAUCAUCGCCUAUCAAUGGGAGUGCUUUUAACCAGAUGCAUAAUCUCAUAUUUCUCAAGUUCUUCAAGCACCUGGAUGAUAUGGGGUCGAAGCUGAAUCUCUUUUUAGAGUACUUUCGCGCUCCCUUAGGUUGCUCCAUUGGGAUGCAUAUCCAUUACCAACCUUGCCUCCCAAGCUUCCUCUACAUUGUCUUGUUGAAGUUCAUCUGCGCUACAGCAAUCUAG